UCAGAGCCCAGUUUAGUUGUCAUCUACGUUCGGUCGUGUUGUUUUUAUUGCGUCAAGUGCGUCAUGAGAGUGCGUACGCGUGUAUCGUCGUCCACGCAAAGAAAUUAGUAUAUCGGUCCUCGCUGCUUUCUCGUGCGAUCGUUGAAUAAAAUGCGCUUUGAAAAUGUUGCAAGAGGAAGCUCUGUACAAGAGCACAUCUCCACGGAAGGGCGAUGAAAUUCAAAAACUCAAUUUUAUACAAACAUUACCAAGCCUCUUAGCCACAGACUCAGAAUCAUGUAUAACACGCGUGAUACCAAAAGUGCAGCAGUCACUGGCUACAGCAUCCACGGAAUUCCAUAUUGCAGCUUCAACAACAUUCAAAACGAUCCUAGAGCAGAAACUUGUGAACCAUAAUGUCUUCAGUCGAACAUUCCUUCAAAGUAUCUUAGAUUCCCUUGAAAAGCGUGAUCCAGUUAUCUGUCAUGCAUGGCUGGAGACCUUACUGGAUGUGAUAGAGUUACUGCCGGUAGAAGUCAUAAGAAAGCAGAUUCUGCCAUUGACUGUAAGCAAAGGGCAAUUGUCACAACCUAUCCACUCCAGGAUAAUAUGCAGCAAGAUAUUAGGAAAGAUUUGUACAAGAUUUGAAUCUGCUCUGAUACAGAAGGAAGUUCUACCAAUGGUACACUCCCUCUGUCAGGAUGUAAAUAGUGAAGUACGAGCUAGUAUCUGCUUGCAGCUACGUUUUGUUGCCGAAGGCCUUGGUGCUGAGUCUGUAAAAUCUGCUUUGCUACCAUCUUUCGUAGAAUUAGCAAGUGAUGAAGAAAGCAAUGUAAGAUGCGCCUCUGUACAAACAAUAGCGUAUUUGCUACCUCAUCUUCAGGAAGAUACAAUAAAAACUACCAUAGUGCCACUUGUUAAGAAAUUAUGUGAAAAUACACAAUCUGUACAGUCAGACGAUAACGUGAUAUGCGUCAUUGCCCAAGAAUUUGGAAAAAUUGUACUCGGCCUAGAAACAUGCUUAUUACCUACGGAAAAAACAUGGUUCUUAAAAUAUUUUCAACAACUUGCACAAAUGGGUAUUGUUUUAAUGAAAAAAGAAUCUAAGCCUCAUCUUCCAUUUAUGAAUAUUAAUUUUGACGAAGAUGAAAAAUAUGUAGAAUGCAGAAGAUGUUGCGCGUUUAAUUUGCCAGCAAUGUUCAUCUUUGUAUCAAAUUCCGUGGAUGAUACAGAUGCAUUACUUCUUACAUUCACUGCAUUGGCGAGUGAUCACUAUUAUUUGGUUCGAAGAACUGUAGCGUGUGGAAUCCAUGAAGUGGCCAAGGUGUUAGGUCCAAAAAGUGGACGGAUAAAAACAGAUCUAAUAAAAUUAUUGAAAGAUAACUCUGAAGAAGUUUUACAAGGUUUAAUUCCUCAUAUAGGAUUAACGCUUGAUUGCCUGGCUGAAAGUCAAAUUAUUGGAGUAGAUAAAAUGGAUUCCACUGUUAUGGAAAUUGGUAGAGCUCUAUUGAAAUGUGAGUCGGAAAUAGCAGCUACACAUAAUUGGAGAUUAGUGUCUUCGAUGCAUUCACAACUUGAGAUAUUGCCUAAAUACUUCCCAAGUGAUUUUAUAUAUUCGUAUUUUGUGCCAAUGGCCUUUUUUAGAAUAUUACACGCUAGGCCAAUACCCGUUCGACUCUCCGCAGGAACUCUAUAUCUUUUCCUUUUACGUUAUAACAUGAAACCAAUGCAAAGGGUAGAACUUCGUAGCAAAUUGUAUUCAGAUUUGGCUAGUAAUCCGAAUUGUUACGUGAGAAUGAUGUUUGUUCGUAUGAUGAUAGAGGCUUUGGAAAUUUUCUCUUCUGCAUAUUUCAAGGAACAUUUUUUUACUGUUUUAUUGAACUUGGCAGAAGAUCCUGUAGCUAACAUAAGAAUGAAAGUAAUUUCUCUGUUGCCUCAAUUAAAAAGUAUGCUGCGGAUGCCGGCCGAUAAAAAAUUAUUAACUUUGUUAGAAUCGACUAUAACGCAUUUAAUAAAUAGCGAAAAGGAUAGAGAUGUACUAGCCGAGCUGUCAUCCGUUAUAAAAAAAUUGGAUGAUAUAUCGCUUAAAUACGAAGGUCGAGCUACAUCUGGAGCAGUUUCAAAACAGGGCACUGAAGACAUUAGAAAGUUAGAGGAAGAGAAGAGAUUAUCAGGAAUGGCAAAUGGGAAAUCUCCAGGCGGAGGUGCUACAAUAAAGAAAGGGGGGUGGCGACAUGUGACUGCCGAUUCCUCAUCAAAAACGAUGCCGCAAACAUCAUCGAAAGAUAGCAUAGGCUCACCUCGCCAAUCAAGCGACGGAUCAAAAGCGAGAAUUCAACUAACACAUCCUUGGGAAAGAAUAGGGCAUACCAACUCAAAUAUUAGUACAACCCAUACUAACUUUGACAAUGGAUCAUGCAGUGAUUAUCUAAUGCAAAAGGCUCAGCAGAGUCGAUCGAAAUUAGCAUUGCCAUUUAUAUUGUGGCCGGAAACAUGCGAAUGCGACUAUGCGGAAGAAUACGCUUUCCAUUCUUGUCCCUCGUCCGAUUACGCCAGGUCUGUCUUUUUGGCGAUCAUGAGAGAGAACCGGCGAAGAUCGCAACAAAAUUUCCUACUAACCCGAGAUUAUGCCCGCGAGUUUUCCACUAACAUUGCCAGCAAGGACACUGCCACUGUAAGAACGCUUGCAGCUCACUAUAACUCUUGUUGGCCUUGUAGCUCUAUGCCGGAGAUACCGGUAAUGCUGUCGGAUGACGAAUUCCUGGUGGAUGCUGGUAUCAGGAUACCGGUGCAGUUCUCUCAAAGCACCUCUAAGAUACCGCAUCUGCAAGAUUCCAUGUUUGGUAAGAGAAGAACUUCGUUCAACGUGAAUCAUGCUCGGCCUACCAGUAUGAAUUUCGACAAGGGAAAGCCUAAGAGAAACUCUUCCGUUGAAUACGAAGAUUGCAUGAAACGAAGAACGAAUGUCGAUCAGUCGGACGAUGUCAGAACUUCUAUCGAUUGCGAGGACGGAUUGAGACUGGUAAAAGAAAAUCAACAGCUGGGUAAGAAGGAUCCUGUAUACGUUGGCCCUUUGAUGAGAUCUAGAUUUGGAUUCGGUGUGAAUCAGGAGAGAACGAUGGACGACAAAAUGAAACGACGAAAUUCGUUAAUAAUGGAUAAGGACAAGCCGAAGGUUGUGCAGUCAAAGUGCACGUUGGACAGGACUAAAAGGAACUCCGCCAAUUUCGACAAGGGAAAGCCCAAGAGAAAUCUCUCCGCCGAAUGCGAGGAUGGUAUAAAACGGAGAACCAAUGGAACUAAUCAAGCGAAAGGUAUAAGAUUACGAUCGAUCGAUUACGAGGAUGGUUUGAGUUUAGUGAAGGAGAAUCAACAGCUCGACAAGAAGGAUCCAUUAUAUCUCGGGCCUCUGAUGAGAUCUAGGUUCGGGUUCAGCGUAAAUCAGGAUAGGUCGAUGGACGAUAAGAUGAAACGCCGGAACUCACUGAUAAUGGAUAAAGACAAGCCCAAGAUCAUACAGUCAAAGUGUAUGCUGGACAGGACUAAACGACACUCUGCGAAUUUUAGUUUAAAGAUGCUGGAUACGAAAGAGACUAAGCCUAUCUUGAAGGCUCAGCAUAGCUUAGACGUGACCGACUAUACACCUUCGGAACGUUUAAGCCGGGCUCUAAGACGAUAUUCGACCUUAGACGUGAAUCAUAAUCAGGGACAUAGUAAAAUACCCUUAAGAAAUUUUGUACGUCGUAGUAGAACCGCACCAGCUACCAGGGCUUCCAGCCCCGUAGGUUCGCAAUUAAGGUACGAGGAGAUCGACAAGCUGUGCCGAAAGUUCGAGGAGUACCAAUUGUAUUAGUGUAAUUACACGGAACGCAUUUAAGGUAUCGAGAAAUUAAAAUCUCCGUGUAAAAGGAGAGGGGGAAGAAAAAAGAAAAUAACUGUAUGUGCUGGUUCGCAUAUUAUAAUUGCAAACAUGUUGUGCGUCGGAAAGAUAGAAAGUUUCGCGGGAUACCUUUUAUUUUAUGCAUUUUGAUCUUUUAGAAAAUCUGAAGUUCACAAAGUCUACGUUUUCUUUAACGAAAUAACGACGUAUUUAGAAACUGUUACGAGAUUGUCUCGACUAGGUUCGUUUCGUCCGUAGUUGACGAUCGUUUCUUUUAAAAGGCCUUGUACAUUUCCCACUUUUUAUUAACGAGUUUAACGAUGAAUUUUUCUAUUCGUGUGCAAGUGGUAAAAAGCGUUUAUUACCGUUAACGCGUGCUUUACACAAGAUAGUUUUUUUAGUUAUUUUAUCUUGUCCAAAGUAUUUCCAUGUUAAAUUAUAAAAGAAAACAUUUAUCUUUCGAUAUAUCGUUUGGAAAGAUGCAUCGCGUGUUUUAGCGUUUGUACAAGUUGUACGGACACGCAUGCUUGAGUUGGAAGACUGUUUUAUUAGACGAUGCCGUAUCGCAGUUCGUAAGAGUAAAAAAUAAGACUAUUUUGCACUUUAAUUUUAUAGCUGCAUAUCUAAUACGUAUUGCUCUAUCAAAGUUUACUCGCUAAUCGAAUAUAUUCUAAUAGAUUAUUACAUUUAGGAAACUAUACAAAAGAGAUAACGAAAGAUAGAGUUUAAUUAUCUUAGUAGCCAAUUGUAGGUCUAGUCUUGAAUAGCUAUAAAAAGCAGCUCUCGUUUUCCAACGUCCGUGAAAUGGCGUUUUUUAAACGUUAGAUACGAUUUUUAUAUUUCGCUUUUUUCCCCGUCAUCGUUAUCUUCCUUUCAACGAAUUCAUUUAACGAAGGUAGAUAGUUUUUACUAGGACCUUUUACCGCAAUUUUUAUGACCUUUUUUAAUAUAGCAUGAAUUCACAGAGAACCAGCUUGGUACAGUAUACGUAGAUGCGCGUAUGUAUUAUACGUUAUUUGUAACAGACAGCGUUAUAUUAAUUUAAUCGUUUUCCAUUAUUGUAUCGCGUUGCGUAGAGAUCGUUGUAUACCAGUUAUCGUAAUUUUCGAUUUAUUUACAAACAACGACACGAAUGGUUAAUUUUUAUUCGAAGAAGGAGGAGUGAACUGACGAGAAACGAAAAAAAAAAACAAAAUCUUUUUGAGCGCAACUUUAGGGAUUCUCGAUUCCCCGAUUCCCUCUAAACACGUUGAACGAUUAUAAUUAUCCUCUUAUAUAGCGGACUGGAGUUACUGUUGUGUCUUAAAACGAGAAAUAUCUACGAAAAUAUCAUACAGUCUUACAGAGAAAAAUCACGCAUAUAUUAAUAUAUAUUAUAUAUAUAUGUAUAUAGACUGACCAAGACAAUUUAGCGAAUGUCUAAUUAAUAAAGUAGCACCGAGAGAGGGAAGAAAAGUUAAUAAAUUUAUCGUGGAACGAAAUAACGACAAGAGGUGUACAGGUGUACAGCAUAGGAAGGGCACGUGUAAUAUCUUCGCAGAAUAUUUUCAUUGAGCUUUUAAUAAAUGUAUUUUGGGAUGAAGGAUGAAAAAAAUUGAAAUGAAGGAUAAUAAGACGCUUCGAAGCCAAAGAUGUUAUCUAAACGAUACGAUUAAGUAUCAACGUACAAACCCUUAAAGGCAUUAUGUACUUGUAUCAUGUACAUAUACUAUGUAAGCUUCACAGUGCAAGUGCCAUUGAAUAGAUGCUGGAGACUUCAACGCCUGAAAAGAGGGUGACCGUACCGUCGAACGAUGAAACUUGGAAAAAUAACGCCCAAAAUACAUGUAUCGUGCAACUAAUACGAUAUUCACGUCCGAUAUUUAAUAUCACAGUCUCGAUACGUUGCUCGAAUAAAGGAAGAUUACAGUAGUUAUGUAGUAGACUUAUAUAAAAAUAUUGUUCAAGAAUCGAGGCAUCGACUAAUUCUUCUUAUACGUAUUAAUAACUGGUUCGUUAGGCUCGAUGCUUGUCCGUCUAGUUUCGACCUCUCAUCAUCUUUCGUUCGUUUCUCCGAUCCUAUUUCCGAGGAUAACAACUCGAUUUUAUAUAGAACGUUUUUGAAUAAUCGCUAGUCAAUCCGUUUUUCGCGAGAUUCGCCUGUAUAGCAGUUAAUCGUUAUUUGAUUUUACCGUCGAUUUUACGAGCAGGAUGAUAUAGUCUUUUUUCUUGUACAAGCUACCGAACAUCGAGAAUAGAUCACGCUCUUUACGCUUAGGGACUAGAAAGAGACGCAAUUUACCGAUCGAUUGUUGCCGCGUAACGAUAUUAAUUAUUUUGUUAUAAUUGUAAGAUCGUACGGCUACCGACUUAUAUAUGUAUAAUAACAUAGCGAAGCUUGUUGUAUUAUUUUUAUAGGAAACUUUAGGGUAGCGUCAGCCGUACGAUUUCGCGAGUCUAAUGACAAACACGGAUCCGAUGAUACUCGUAUCUAUCGAGUACAGACAUUAUUUCUCGAUAGAAAUUUCUAUCGUUCUACGACGCGUUGAAUUUAUAGAAAGAGCGCGCGUGUGUGUGUGUGUGUGCGUGUGUGUUUCGCAUAAUCGUACGGUUGUUGGUUAACCAUGCGAUGAAAAGAAAAAACUUCUUUUUUAUAGGAAAUCUUAGAAUAUACUAUAUAUAUACUAUAUAUAUAUAUAUAUACACACACGCUAAGUAUACAUGAUUUAACAAAAAUUGAACAAAUUGUUAAAUGUGCAACUAUAGGAUCAGCCGUAGCGCGGGGAGGCGCAGUUUGAAGAAAAGCAAGUGAAAGUAGAAAACGAAGAAGGGCAUGUUUACUCGGGCAUGUUUAGAAGGAUAACUAGGAAAAUGCAGGGAGAAAGUAAAGUUUCUCGAAUGUCGAAUUUUCGCCAAGAAAUAAUCGCUUAAAAUGCUGCUCCUUAUUUUUGUACAGAUCUCUUACCGUGUACGUUAAUAUUAACUUUUGUGCCAGAAAGUAAAAGAAAAAAAAAAAAUACGCAGUAUAUUAUAUAUAAGAAGUACACACACUCGUGCUACGCUCGUUUUACGUAAUUGUUAUCUAACGUAUUCGUUUCUUUGUAUACGUAGAGGAAAAGGAUAGAAAAAAAAGAGGGAGAAGAAAUGAGAAAGAAAGAGACGAGCGCUUUUAUCGCUGACACUGUUAUAUAUAUAUAUAUUAUACAUAUUGUUACGUAUAUCGCGUACGUAAACGUCGUAAAUCGAGAAUACUCUCGAGAGAUAGAAUUUUUUCGACCCUGGAUAAACGUCGGUCGUCGACCGUGUUAAAAAACGAAUAACAGCGUGGUGAUUAUCGAACGAAAAAGAAAGAAAGAAAAGAAGCACGUCGUGCGUCAAUUGAAUUUAUCGCGUUAGAAACUGUUAGGGAAAAAAGAGAUCGAACGCUAUGGCCUGCGUGUUUCUUUCGGGAAGGAGUAAUCUGUGAUGACAAACAAAAAAAUAAAGUAACAUAAAAUAAAGAUACAUAUUUAAACGCGAGAACAAAGAGGAAACAAAUAAAUAACGCGAAGAAUCGUUCACGUCGCGCAUGAUGAACGAUGAAAUUCGUCGAACGAUAUUUUUAUUACUCGUAACUGCUCCCGUAAAGAAUAAGGAAUGUUACAAACAGAGAGAAGUGUAUUUUUGUGAGGUAUACCUGUAAGAAACAAAACAAAAAUCUAGUUAAAUGUGAAGAGACUAAAGAACAACGCGAUCGUAGAUUAUAUUGGCUCUGUCGAUAUUAUACAUCUGUUUUAAUAUACGUUACGAACAAUAAAUCGAACUUUUUUUGUUACACAA